AUACUAACCUCAAUUUCGGUACUUCUUAAUUUGAGGUGAGCGUUGUUUUCAUUUGGUGUUAUUAAAAUCGUUAAAAAUGGAUAUUAACAUGAUUGACUUGAUGGAUUUAGAAGAUUUGGACAUGCUGGAGACCACUCGGCGACCUGAUAGACAUCGACAUCGUGUGAAUCCGUUUGAAUUGAGUGACGAAGAUUUUAGGUAUAAGUAUAGGUUCUCAAAACGUUUCGGAGAAAAAAUAGUGGGUAUCUUACGUGAGGAUUUAGUGCACGACCCUCGAGGAUGCCCAUUGAGUCCUGAAAUUCAAGUGGUUUGUGCAUUACGCAACUGGGCUCGCCAUGAAAUUCAAGACGAUACAGCUGGUUUACAUAGUGUGUCUCAACCAGUAGUCAGUAGGACAUGUAAAAAAGUAGCGGAAAUUUUGUCACGGAAUUCCCGAGAAUUUAUUAAAAUGCCUACUACUUUAAAUGAACAACAGGAAACCAUUAGGAAAUUUCGCAGUAUUGCUAAUUUUCCUACAGUAAUUGGCGCAAUUGACUGUACUCACAUACGAGUAAAGAAAGUGAAUGCUGAUGGGGGUCAGUUAUAUAUUAAUAGAAAAGGAUUUUCUUCAAUUAAUGUACAGGUGGUUUGUGAUGCUGACCUGAAAAUCAUGGACAUUGUUACCAGGUGGCGUGGUAGUGUACAUGACUCCAGAAUAUUCCGAGAAUGUAGACUAAAACAGAGGUUUGAGGCUGGUGCAUUCUCUGGAAUAUUACUUGGUGACAGUGGCUAUCCUUGUACUCCUUACCUAUUUACACCGCUGCUGAACCCCACAACACCACAAGAAGAAAGAUAUAAUAGGAGCCAUAUCCGUACCAGGAACACAGUGGAAAGAUGUUUUGGUUUGUGGAAGCAACGGUUUCGUUGCCUAUUAAGAGGUAUGUUUGGAGAUAUUGAAACAGCAAAAAAACAAUUGUUGCAUGUGCUGUACUACACAAUAUGGCCAUCGACAUGAGAGAAGAUGUGUUUUCUGGUGAGAGAGAUAGCAUUGAACAAUAUUCAUCUGAACCUAUAGUACAAAGAUAUAUUACACCAUCAAUAAGGGGAAAUAUUAGAAGAAGACAGUUUAUUGAAACUCAUUUUCAGUAGACAUAAUACCCAUUUAUAAAGGAACAUAUUUCUGCAGAGCCGUUGUCAGCUGUCAAAGAAUAACGACUACAUAUUCACCAAUAUGAAAUAAAUUCAGGGGAGUAUUGUGAUAAUAUUUCAUUUAUUGAGCAAAAUGCUUUUAUUUAGGCUAUAAAUGAUUGUGUUUCAGGGAAAGAUGCGGGGUACAGCACAUUCCACAUCAAUAUGAAGCUAUAUUAUAUAAAGAUUUAAGUGCUGUAGAGAUAUGUUUAGAUUUUUUAAUAAAUAUCGUCCCUCCUCUACAUUCACAGCCGGAUUUCCUUUCCAGAGGUGCAAGGGUCCACGGGGAGUAGGACUGUAUGAUAACUAAGUAAAUAGGUUUAGUUUUUUUUAUUAUAGUUUUUUACUAUUGUAUAUUAUAUUUCAUUGUUAUGUAAAUAAAAUGCAUAUUAAUUAUAAUUAUUUAUUUUAAUUAUUAAUAAAAGAUGUACAAAUAUUUGCAGCAAUUAAGUACCUGAAAAUAAUAGUUUCAUAUAUGAGGAUAUUUACAAACAUGUAUCUAAUUAAUAGAAUCAGGCGUUACUUUGCGGAAAUCCAUUAAUUAAUAAAAGCUUUUACAAAAAUUUACUUCGCAAAUAUCCGCGUUAUAAAAUAAAAUGAUGUGUCUUACCUAGUAUGAAGAAGCACCUCCCACCCUCCCUCAACUUAACCUUGUACACCAAUUAAAGAAAUAUUUUUUAAUUAUUUUUAAAUCAAUUCAUAUUAAACUUUGCUUUUAAUAUUUGAAAACAUGAAACAAUUUUCAGUGUUUAAAUACUAAUUUUCACAUUUUAAAAAGUAUGUAAUGUAUCAGACUAUGUAAUUUUUUCAACAUACCUAUUUUGCAAGCUAUUUUUCCUGUUUUUAAUUUUUGUUAUACCCCUAGUAAUAAUAUCUUUAUUGUUGGUUAUUUUCACCAUUUUCGCACUUUCUUCUGUAUCUGUAGUUGGAUCUAUCUCUAAAAAUUAAUAUAAAUAUAACAGUUUUAGAAAAUUAACAUUUAUAAUAUUUACAAACUUGUAUGCCUAUGAUUGUAACUAUAAUAAUAAUAUAUUUUGCUUUUUAAUAAAUAUUCAAUCAGUAUUAUUUACCUUGCACAUAUACAACAUUGGGUUCUGGAUUUUCUACAUUUUUAACUAUAGCUGUGUCUGUUUUUUCAAAAUUAAGACGAGGCUUAGGGUCAGCAACUUCUUUUGAUGUUGUAGCCACAGUCACUGGAUCCUAAAAUAAAUCAUUAAAACAUUUAUUAACAUGUUUUCCUGUCACCUGUCACCUCUAUUUUGCCCUUUAUUGAAUCAGGUAUUUUCUAUGUUGUAGAAAUAUUAUUAUGAUCCAAGACAAAAGGUAAUUUAAUAAAUUAUUAAUUAUAAUACCUAAUAGACAAAAAUAGAAAAUUAUAAUCGGACUGUGUAGAUAAUCUAGUAACAUGUGUGUUAUGAUAUUAUAUAGACCACUAUAUAUUAAUUUGUGACAUUUCAAUUUUGAAUAUAAUUAAUUAUAAAGAAAUUUAUGUUAAAUUGUUACUAAGUAUAUUAAAUUUUGAAUAUUUGGAAAAUAAUUUUGGAUUGUAAAUUGUAUGCUUUAAGAGUAGAUUUCAGAGCACUACCUAGGUACUAAAGUAAUGGAAAAUAAAGUUCGUUUGUAAGAC